AUGCUUCUUGGAGAGAACAGACCUCGGGAGGUCGAGCCGCUUGGGCUCGAUUGGUUGACCCGAACUUUCCUCACCAAGACCUCCAGUCAGCCGGCUAGUAACACUGCGGUGCCUACUGCAGAUGCGGCCGUCGAUGCACUUGAGCAGGGCAUUCAAAUGCUCCAGGUUCCGGGGACUCGGGGUGCUCCUCAGACCCAACCUGCGGCCAAGAAAAUAAGAGAAGAAUCUCUCCCGGACCCCAAGGACUUGAUUCGCGACCGCAAGAUCGCUCACGAGGCGUACCUUGAUGCGCUCGCCUCUCGGCCGGCUAUGCUUGCUCGGGAAGUCGCUGCCUGGUUCUCCAGCCGCCCGGAGCUUAUCGCUGAUGAGAAGGGAAGGGCCCUCCCUCUCAAAGCCGACAUGCAUGCCAGCAGCGCCGUCUUGGAUGCUGCUCAAAGUGCCAUCAAAGCCGCCGCGAUCUUCUCUUAUGCGGAUCAACUGCUGAGUCGACUUGAUGACGCAGGCUCGGACAAGCUGCGGCGAUCGAUCAUUUUGCAGGAGCUAUCGAAUGUUGCGCAUCUUGACUACGUUCGACUCCAGUCUCUGCUGAAGCGGCAGCUAACCAGGGACUCUAAGCUGUUCAAGCGUGUGUCGAACGGGGUCGAUGCUGUGGGAAACCCCAAUAUCAAACUGAAGGGCAAGCCGCAAGACGUUCAGUCGAGCGACCCCCCUCUUCACAUCCUUCUUCGACUGUGCCAGCCGGAAACGACCCCGCAGAAGGCGCAUGGAUGGAUUGAACAGCUCUCGAAGCUUUACCUCAAGACCGACUUUGACAAGUAUGGAGCGACGCUCCCACGAGAUGCGUUUGAGACGAUGGGCUUGCUGUCGUUGAGCGGGGCCGUGAAUCUGUCACUGGCACAGAAGGGGCCGGUUCCUUCGCGGAAGAAAGCUCAGUUCUUCGUCACCCGGGCUCAGGAGCUCGAGGCCGAGCUCAACCGGCUCAAGAGCGAUCUUGGUUCCGUGCUCACCAAGAAGGCUCUUGACGAUGGUCUCAUUGAUGGCGCAUUGGAGAGACUAGACGAAAUCAUUGUCGAGAAAGUGGGCUCAAGACUGGGUUUCUUGUACGAGGACCUGAUCCAGGACAGCUUUGCGUAUCUCGACAAGCAGUACGAUCACGCCAAAGCCAAUGGUGAGACCGACUGGACAGCACUCGCAGUGGAGCCCCAAGAGCCUUUUGAGAAACUGGUCGAGAGUCGCAAGGAGAGGGGCAAGUCGCGAUCAUCAAGCCGGUCUCAAUUCGAUAUUCUCUCCAGUGCUAGGGAGCCCGUACCUGCUCUACCAACCAUCAAAGUUGAAUACGAGUGGAUGGUUGAGACGUUCAAAAGCUUUAUCGGAAAAUCCGAACCGCGGGAAGCGGCCGACUGGCCUGCGUUCAACUUGGCGAUGAAGGAGUUGGGAUUCAGGGUGAUCCGUACGGCAGAUGGAUUGAACCAUGCGUUUGAAUCGUCCAAGUUCGGGUGCAAGCUUCUUAUGGUUUCUCCGCCUUACAAGGGUAAAUUCGAAGGAUAUUCGGCUCUUGUGCUCGGUCAGCGGCUGAACAAAGCCUACGGAUGGGCUGAAGAUACGUUUUACGAAGAGGAUCCUGGGAAACAGAUAGAUGAAACUUAG